AUGGCCAACCCUAGAGUCGAGGAGCUUCCGGACGACGAGCCCACCAAGAACGUCUCCGUCGAGGAGGGCAACGACGAUGACAGCUCCGACUCCGAGAUCGAGGCGGGCGACUCCAGCCUGCCCGCCGGCUCUACCGCCGUCAUCCACUCUCGCAACGAGAAGAAGGCUCGCAAGGCCAUGGAGAAGCUGCAUCUGACCCGCAUCCAGGGCAUCACCCGUGUCACCCUCCGCCGACCAAAGAACAUCCUCUUCGUGAUCAACAACCCUGAGGUCUACAAGUCUCCUAACAGCAACACGUACAUCGUCUUCGGUGAGGCCAAGAUCGAGGAUCUCAACGCUUCCGCCCAGGCCGCCGCCGCCCAGCAGCUCGCCCAGGCCGAGCACGACCACGCUGGCCACGACCACGGCGAGUCCAGCAAGGCCGUCGAGGGUGGUGAGGCCAAGAAGGAGGAAGAGGAGGAGGACGAUGGUGAGGAGGUUGACGCCGAGGGUAUCGAGGACAAGGACAUCGAGCUUGUCAUGACCCAGGCCAACGUAUCACGGAAGAAGGCUAUCAAGGCACUGAAGGAGAACGACAAUGACAUUGUCAACUCCAUCAUGGCUCUGAGCAUCUAA